AUGGUCAACACCCGUGUUCUCCUGCUUGUGGCCUUCUGCUGCUGGAUCGCUCAAGGAGAGGUCUCCUCAGCGGAGAAGCGCUCGCAGGAUUUUCCUUCGAAAAACCAACAGGAGAAGGACCUGAUUGAUGCGUUGCAAGAAGUUCUGGAGAAGUUAAGGAGCAAAGAGACUCCCUCAGAGAAAAAGCUGGGCUGGCUACCUUCGUGUGAUGCAGGGGAGCCGUGCGCAGUACGUAAAGGUGCGCGUAUUGGCACGUUGUGCAGCUGUCCACGCGGCACAGCCUGUAACUUUUAUGUGCUCAAAUGUUUGUGAAAAUUGGAAACAAAUUAUACAUACUG